AUACCAGUUAUACCUGUAUAACUAACACACAUAUAUUAGACACGUGUAAUGUUUAAUAUGUUUAAAACAAAAGUACCUAUCUACAUUUUAAAAAUUAUUUAAUCCAAACUUUGCUCCUUCAGUUCAAUUAGAACAGAAUAGUAAACCUCAGUUAAUUAUUAUUGUUUUAUUGCAAGAACAAAACGCACCUACGUAAUAUUUAUAGGUACGUAGAUAACAUUUUAUACAUAUUAUAGAACUCAAAACAAACGCUUAGGCCUAUUGAUAUUAAUUAUCUCUCAUCGAUAAAUAAUUUAAAAUAACAUUUAGGCUUCGGUAUAGAUAAAACACCACUGCAGUAAUAAUAAUUAUAACAAUUUAUGACCGCGGUAGGUAUAGUGUCGUGCACAUAAUAUAAUUAUUAUUAUCAUUAUAAAUCGAAUAAAAUAUUAUCGAUUCGAACCAAUAGUGACGGAGUUCACUACAAACGCGUACCUACUACCCACCUACAACCUACCUUAUAAUCCUAUAUUAUUAUAUAAUAUAAUAUUGUUUUGAUUGCACUUAUUAGUACCUAUAAAUACAUCGGUGCGGGAUACUGCAGAUGAACGUUAUUACAUCGAUCGACUGAUGUUCAUAUUAUAACUGCGCGAUGAGUAUCAUAUCGAUAAUAAAAAAAAAGUGCCAAAAAAACGAAUUGACCGACGAUGAGAUCAAAUUUUUCGUAAAAUGUACAGUGGACGGAUGCAUAGACCAAUGUCAAAUCGGAGCGAUGUUAAUGGCCUUGUAUUUAAACGACUUGACCAACGCCGAGGUCUGCAACAUGACCACGGCCAUGGCGAAUUCCGGAAAAACACUCGAAUUCAGAUCGUCGGCAAUUGUCGUGGACAAACACAGUACCGGAGGCGUCGGGGAUAAAGUUUCGAUUCCUCUCGUCCCUGCACUGAGUGCCGUGCAAGAAGACUUUAUCAUACCCAUGGUGUCGGGCAGAGGACUGGAGUUUACCGGUGGCACGUUAGACAAACUCGAGAGUAUUCCUGGAUUUUCCGCGUUUAGUUUCGGCGACCAACAACUGUUGGACUUGGGUAAUAAUUUCGGAUGUUUCAUCGUCGGCUCGGACGAUUUGUCGCCGGCCGAUUCUGUUCUCUACAAAGCUCGAGAUGUCACUGCCACGGUCGAUAAUGCCGGAUUAAUUAUAGCGUCUAUAAUAUCUAAAAAAGCUGCCGCUGGUAUUAAAUAUUUAAUACUUGAUUUAAAAGUUGGAUCAGCGAGUUUUUUUCGUUCAAUCGACGAAGCUAAGACAUUUGGAAAGCAAUUUGUUUUAGUGGCUAAACUGAUGGGUAUUGAAUGUAGAGCGUUGAUGACUAGAAUGUCAGCACCAAUUGGUAAUUAUGUUGGUAACUCUUUGGAAAUAUUAGAAUCCAUAAAUUGUUUAAAGGGAAAAGGUCCGAGUGACUUACAAACUCUCCUUGAACUAAUCGGUGGACAUCUGUUAGAAAUGACUCAUAAAGUAAGCUCGGUGAAUGAAGGUCGUAAGCGUAUGGCCGAGUCGUUAAAUAAUGGAACAGCUCUGGAAAAGUUCAAACAAAUGUUAAUAGAAUUGAGAGUCGAUGAGCGGAUAGCAAAUGAGUUGUGUUAUGGCAACACAACAUCCGUCUUACCAAUGGCCAAAUACGUGAUCGAAAUCAAGUCUCUCACUUCAGGUUACGUGAAUGACAUAAAUGGUAUGACUAUUGCUAAAGUCUGUAACAAAUUGGGUGCCGGAAGACAAUUUUCUAACCAAGCGAUCGAUCCAGCGGUCGGUAUUCACUUACUUGUGAGAAAAGGCGAUCGUGUGAAAACUGAUACUGUUUGUAUGGUUCUCUAUCAUAAUGAGAUUGAUUUGAAUGAAUCGUAUUUAAUUUUAUUACAACAAUCGAUUGAAUUAACGAAUGAAAUUGUAGAACCGGAAGAUAUUUUACUAGGGGUUAUUGAUAUUAAUUAAUAGUUUUAAGGAUAAUUUUAAUUUCAAAUUCUGUUUAAGAUCUAUAUAGUUAUAAUAUCUAUACGACUUAAUCAAUUUUUACGUUUGAUUGAAAUUAUACGAAUUAUUAUUUUACAUUUUGUAUGUAUUAAUUUACUCAUUAAUAAUUUAUGUUAUCAAUAACAUUGUUGAAACAUUGAACUAUUGAAGGACAGAUCUUCUAAGUUAUGAUC